AUUUCACUCACUUUUUUUCUAUCACAUAAUUUAUCACAUCUCUUACCUUUCGCUAAUCUAAUUGUGUUUGGAGUGGCAAAUUAGUCAAAUAUUUAACAUGCAACUACAUUCACAUACAUAUGCCCAAAUCCAGACCUUGCACAAGUAGUAAAGUCCAAUUUAAUUAUUGUUAAAAUUUGUUUAUACCGUUGUGGUAAUAAUCUACUUGUCGAUAAAAUACACAAAUUCUUGGCAAGUAGCAAGACACCAUCAACCUCACAUAGCCACAGUCCCUGAAAUCUUCAUCAUUUCAUUUCUAUGUGGAGCAACCUGCCAUUUGAUCUGUUAUCCUUUAUCUUCUCUUUUCUCCCCCCAGACUCCAUAGCCAGAGCAAGAUCAGCUUGCAGGAACUGGCACACAUGUCCCAAUCCUUAUCCUUCCACCCCAACAAGGUUCCCACCAUGGUUCUUGGCCUUCCCAAUCCGCUACCACAAACCAUGCUGCUAUGCUCACAACCCUGUCACAGAAAACUGGCACGAACUCACUCUGGAUUUCUUGCCAAUACCAACAACUUCAAUCCGACCAGUUUCACCAAUCGGAAGCCUCCUGCUGUUAAGAGUCACCAGUUUCAACUCCACAACGUUCCAACUGGGUCUCUGCAACCCAUUCACAAGGCAAUUCAAGCACCUUCCUCAGUUGCAUAUUUCAAGGACUAAUCCAGCUUCAGGGGUCACUGUUUUAGACCACGGUUCUCAAUUAGAAUUUCCUCACUUCAGAGUCUACGUGGCCGGAGGCAUGUCGGAGGCAGCAAGAGGCGGCGGCGCCUCCUACGAACCCACUGUGGAAAUGUACGACUCGGAGGUUGGCGUGUGGGAGGUAGUUGGGUCUGUUCCGGUGGAGUUUGCGGUUAGGCUUACCGUUUGGACGCCGAAUGAGAAUGUUUGUGUGAAGGGGACAUUGUAUUGGAUAACAUCGGCCAGGGCCUACAGUGUGAUGGGGUUUGAUGUUGGUGCGAACACGUGGAGGGAGCUGGGUGUGCCUAUGGCGGAGAAGCUAGAAUUUGCCACGUUGGUUAAGCGGGACGGGGCAAUGGCGUUGGUUGGUGGAGUGUGUGGUGGGGAUGUUUUGGUUUGGGAGAUGAGUGAAGGGGGUGAAUGGUGUUUGGUGGAUGAGGUGCCUGGGGAGUUGAGGUUGAGAUUGUUGGCAGAGAAGAGGAAUUGGGAGAGUGUUAAGUGUGUAGGAAAUGGGGAUGCUAUUUGUUUGUACAAGGAUCUUGGAUUUGGUAUGGUGAUUUGUAAGAAAGUUGGAGAUGUGGGUAGAUGGGAAUGGGUUUGGGUUGAUGGGUGGGGUUACAUCAAGGGGAAACAAGUGCGCAAUUGCCCAAUAAGGGGAGCACUUCUUCACCCAACUCUUGCUUAUAGUGCGUUAAACUAAUUAACAUGAAUGUGUGUGUCCUUAAAAAUAGUUUGUGUCAGUGCUCUCUAUUAUACAAUUGAGACACAACAAUUUGUCAACCACAUGCUCUGAUUCCUUUGCCAAUUUC